GCACAAAAAGGGGAAGAGAGAGAUAGAGAGAGAAAGAAGGGAAGAGAGGACUGGUGUAGCAGCAGCAGCGAGAGGAGGGGAAGAAGAAGAAGAAGGAAAGGAAAGAUAAGCUAAGCUAAGCAGAACCAAGCCCCCUAAGAUCUCUGUUUAUUCUGAUAACACGAAAAGAGGAUCUUCCGUAGACAGAAUCAAUAUCUCUCUGAGAAUUUGGGGUGUAGGUGUGAUUAUGGUUUAUGAGAGAUGAGAUAAAUCUGGCGGGUGUAACUGAUUCGGUCGAAAGAGAGCAUCUUGGUGUGGAAUGGACAGGAUUAGAGAAGCUAGGAGAAGCACUAUGGCCGCUAAUGGUUUGACGAGAAGAAGACACAGAACUAACAGUCUCAGAGACUCACCAGAGGAAGAUGGAGCGAUGGAGCUUCAAGAGCCGUCGAGGCUAAGAGAUCGAGGGAGUGGGAAAAAGGAUCGAGAUCGCGAGAGAGAGAGGGAGAGGGAGAGAGAUCGAUUGGGACGAAGCAAGAGGAGGCGGGGCGACAGGUUGAUGCACAGCAGCAGAGAAGAUGGUGGAGAAGACACUUCGGAGGAGAGUAUCAACGACGUAGACGAAGACGACGACGAAGACGGAGGGGGAGCCGGUGGCGGCGCUUCCGUCAGAAUGCUUCCGCUGAACCCCUCGUCGCUUACCUCGUCUUCCUCGCUCUCCAACCACCAUCGGAAGAGCUACCCUCCGGCGAAAGUAUUUAGAGCAGCGCCGCCGACGUGGAAGGCCGCCGAUGAGAUGAUCGGAGUGUCCGUGCCUAGAAAAGCACGCUCAGCGUCCACCAAGAGGUCGCACGAAUGCUGGGCUUCCAGCGGCGGCGGAAUAGCGCCGGAGCAAAACCACCAGCAGCCGUCGACUUCGCCGGUGAGAGCAGCGUCGGUCACGCCGGCUUCGCCUUCGUCGUCAAACGCGUCGGUUAGGAAGAAGAUAAAGCAGAAUGGAGGAGGCAAGUUUCGACCACCGAAAAUGACGUCGUCGAAGUCUGCUUCUUCGGCUCAGGAAGAGAUCGAGAUAGAAAUAGCAGAAGUAUUGUACGGCAUGAUGAGACAGCCUCAGGGACCUUCCAAGCAAGAAAUCAUCGCCACCGAUUCAACCAAGUUCGAUUCUAGAGAACCCCAUAAAUCUUCCGGUGACGCCAAGUCACCGAUCUCGAACUCUCAAUCGGCACCGCCUCAAAAUUCCAGCACUUACGUUACUCCUAUGUCAGCUGUUGCUCCAAAGAGGAAAAGACCGCGUCCGGUGAAGCACGAGGAGGAGAAUCCGGCGAUAUUCAGCGUUCGUAGCAGUCCUAUUUCGAAAGCGGAGAGCGAUCAGCCUUCAAAGAUGGAAACUUGUUCGUCGAAUUUGGAUAAGGCCAACGCGGGUUCUGCUACUGCGGCUGAGAAUCUGGCCAAUUCGCAACCUGUUCAGGCGUCGUCGGAGGCGGCUAAACCGGAGAGCAACGGGUCGUCGGAGUCUAAGCCGUUGACGGAGGAAGUGGAGAAGCAAAAAGAGGUGGGAUUGAGUAAGGAGGUGGCGGUGGCUCCUCAGUCACCGAAGAAGGAAUCUCCUGCGCUCCAAGUAGUAGUUGAUGAGCGCGAAGAUGUGAAAGCGACUAAAGCGAAUCCGUCAAUGUCCGAGAGUGAAAACCAGCGAGAAGAGAAGUUCCAGAUAGAUCUGAUGGCGCCACCUCCUCCAUUGAGGUCUUCUCCGGAAAGAGAUGUGGCUAAUAAUUCGGUUGCUGACGCUGAAAAGGAAGUUAAGCCUGCGAUGAAGGAGGACGAGAAGACACACAGAAUGAACAAGGAAGAAGCGGUGGCUGCGGAAAUGGGGAAGGCGAGAGGGAAGGGUGGAGAAAAUGAAUCGCAGAAAGAAAGAGUCAUUGACUUGCAUCUUGAUUUGGAGAAAAGUGAUAGGGUGGACACAAGUGGCAAUGUCAGUAUGGUUAACAAGAAGCAGCAACAUCAAAACGCUCAGAGGCAGCAGCAAACAAAUGCAGAAAAAAAUGUUCAAUCCAAUUCGUUGCCUCUACCAAUGUCUGUUCCCAGCUGGCCUGGCGGGCUUCCUCCAAUGGGCAGAUACAUGACGCCUCUACAAGGAGUUGUAUCCAUGGAUGGCACUAGUGUGACCUCUGCAGCAAUACCGCCUCCACAUCUUCUCUUUAAUCAGCCUCGGCCUAAGAGGUGUGCAACCCACUGCUACAUUGCACGUAAUAUAUUGUAUCACCAACAAAUUGCGAGGAUGAAUCCGUUCUGGCCAGCAGCGGCAGGUUCUGCAUCGUUAUACGGGACCAAGCCAGGGAAUCUUAACGUGGUGCCCUCCGCAGAAUUGCAUGGGAAUGUUCCUGGCAGGGCUGCAAACUCUUCACAGGACAAAGGGCACAGUCUUGCCAUGUUUCCUGGUCAUAUUGGGAAGGACAAAGGGUCUCAGCCUCCCAAUGUGGAUAAUUCAUCAAGAAAGCAAAUCUUACUUCAGCAGGCUUUACCCCCAGGAGCAGCACCUAGUAAUAUUUUGCAUGGCCCUGCCUUCAUCUUCCCGCUGAAUCAGCAGCAGGCAGCUGCUGCGGCAUCUGUUCGACCGGGAUCUGUGAAGUCGUUGCCGGUUUCAAGCAACGGAGCACCGUCCAGUGCUUCCAAUUCAGCCCCACCGAAUGCUUCUGCUGCAGGAGCAGCAGCUGCUACUGCCCCAACAAUGAGUUUCAGCUAUCCAAAUAUGCCUGGCAAUGAAACUCAGUACUUGGCCUUUUUGCAGAAUAAUGCUUACCCUUUUCCAAUACCAGCACAUGUUGGUGGUCCACCUGCUUACCGGGGAACCCAUGCCCAGGCUUUUCCAUUCUUCAACGGGUCUUUCUAUUCUUCUCAGAUGCUACAUCCUUCACAGAUUCAGCAGCAGCAACUUCCUGCUCAGUCGCAGCAGAGCCAACAAGGCCAUCAAAAUACCAGUAUUUCUAGUGGAUCCUCCUCAUCUCAGAAGCAACAUGCUCAGAAUCAACAACAGAAGCCUAAUAAUGCAACUGGCUCCUGUGGUGGUGGGGCUGUGGGUGGAAGUUUGCAGGGUUUUCCUGUCACCAAGAACCCGCCAUCGCAGCCCCCGCAGUUGCAGCAGCAGCAGCAGAGGCAGAAUCAUCACACUUCUCAUCCUGCUCGCCAAGUUGAAUCUGAGAUGGGCGGUGAAGAUAGUCCAUCUACUGCUGAUAGUCGUCUCACCCGCGCCACCAUGAAUAUUUAUGGCCAAAAUUUUGCAAUGCCUAUGCAGGUGCCAAACUUUGCCUUGAUGACACCUGCUUCAAUUAGUGGCGUGGGUUCUAACGGCAAUCACAGUGAAAAGAAGCAACCGCAGCAGCACCCUGGUCCAAAGGCUGGAGGCGAAACGUCUCCGGCAUUUGCCAUGUCAUUUGCAUCCAUCAAUGGUGCUACUGCUGCUGCUGGCCUUGACCUCUCAUCUAUUGCACAAAAUCAUUCAAUCAUGCAGAGUAAUCAUAACUAUCAGAUAAUGGCAGCAGCACAAGCUGCCAGUGCCCAGCUAAAGAAGAAUUAUCAUGCCCCCGAGGAAGGGAAGAAUGUAGUUAAUUCUGCCAACCCAGAUGAAGAUAGAAAAGCAAUGUCGGGGAAAACUCCAGCAACGGUGGGACAAUCCAUUGCGUUUGGAAGGCCGGAUGUGUCUGAUGCAUGUUUAACAUCAUUAUCUGGCAACAACGUCAUUGAUACAUCAGGCCGUAGUCUCAACCUUGGUUCUGCUUCUUCCCGGACUUCUGCAUCUGUAAUGCCUGCUGCCAUUAAUGCUAAUGCAGCUGGUUCUCAGCAACAAGUGCAGCGAAAUCAGCAGCAAAUUCUUCAGCAUCAGAAGCAGAAUCAGUUUGCAGCUGCAGCCGCAGCUGCUGCUCGUAACAAGACCCCAUCCACAAGCAACGGCAGCAGCGUCUACUCAGAUAAUCUCCCUUCCACAUCUUCAAUGGCCACCAAGUUUCCCAAUGCCGUAUCGGCAUUUCCUCAGAGCUUUGGUGCUCAAUCACCUCAGUGGAAGAACUCUGCAAGGGCAACAACUACUUCUCAGUCACCUCCAUCUAUGGCUUCGACACCACCGUCAGUCAAAUCUCUUCCACAGCAGCAGGCUCGUUCCCAACAAGCUCACACCCAAAUAUCUUUUGCAGCAAAUCCAAAAUCAUCGACAGCACAAGUCCAACCUGCAAGUUCCACGCAGUCCCCAUCUCCCCCCGUCAUGGUUGGCUCACCAACAACUUCAUCGAUGUCAAAAAAUACUGGUAGCCCGAGGAUAACUUCAACUUCUGCGAACAAUAAAAUUAGCCAAACCGCUUCCUUGUCUUCUCAGCAAGCCAAGAACUCUUCUUCUGUGCCUGCUCGCAAAUCUUCACCCGUUGGUGGCAGGAAUGUGCCAUCAAUACUCAGUGGCCCUCAGCUAACUCCCUCUUCCGGCACUGGGAGUAAAUCCCAGUUGCCACAGCAACAACAAAAGCAACAGCAGCAGCAGCAACAGAUAUCAAAGCAAGCAUUACCACAGGCCCACCUUUUCUUCUCAAGUCCUUACGUGCAUUCUCAAGUCUCACAAUCCAACAGUGCCACGUCUACUACCACUGCUGCGAGUGGUUAUUAUCUUCCACAGCGGCGUGGCCCUGAGCAGAUGCAACGACCGGGCUCUUCUGGCACUUCCUCAAAUGGUGCAACCGCGAACAAUUCAAAAGGCAGUGCCUUACCUACACAGGGUCUUUUGCAUCCUGCUCAGUUUGCCACAAUGCCACCCUCUGGGAACCACCAUCAAUUUGUUCCUGCUGGCUUUCCCUAUAUUCAUCCUGUACCCUCUGUUCAGGUGAAGCCAGCAGAGCAGAAACAACCUGCGGGUGAGUAGAAUAUUGUAUCUCCCUUGGUUCCACCCCUAUGCUUGUGGUGAUCAAAGAACAGUAAUGUGACUGAAGUAUGAAUUGGCAUGGGAUUUUGAAGUGCUAGAGAUGGUGUCUUCUCAAUGAAGGGUGAAUAUGUUAUGCCGAUGCCGUUUUGAGAAGAUGUAGGUGGAUAAUGCUAUCGAGUAGGUCACGGCCAACAAAGAUAGAUGAUUUGGAUUCCACAAUUUUGGAUGGGAAAUCGACCAGACCAUUGAUGUGCAUGAAUUGUGUUUAGUAAUUUCUUUGUACCCUUGUGUUUAUAAUCUGACAAGGUUGAUCCUGAAGUCUAAUCAAAUUCGAUUGGUUUUUUAGAAGGAUGUGGUUGGGAUGGUGGGAAAAAAAAGGAUAUAAAAGUUGGAGGAAAGGAAGGGAAAGAACCACCUUUUCUUCUUUUGGGGAUGUAAUGGAGUUUACCUACAUGUUGUUCUUUCUCCUCUCUUUUUUUUCAUUUUCUCUUCUAGGUCACUAGAGCAGUAAACAUCUUUUUGACAUGUCUAUGUGGAGAAGGAUGAAUAUGUACGUGUCUGGCUGAUAUUAUAGUAACCCUCAAAUUUUUUUAAUUUAAAGAUCAAAGAUGAUUUCCCUCAUCCGUUCUGAUGCCAUCAGUUAAAUUUGAGUGGGAAGUGACAUAUGGGAUCAAAAUUAGAAUGGGUGAGUGAAAAAAGUAAUAACACCAAUUUUAAAGAAUAUGAAUAUGCUGGUUGAGAGGUGUGGACUUGCAUGUGAGGCAAGUGAAAUAUUAUUUCAGUCUUUUAAUACUAGAGACCGGGUGAGUUUAAGAUAAAAUCGUUGGCAGCUGAAGGGUAUUCAAUCGAAGUUUUCGAAGUGCUUUUUUGAUAUCACUCAUGUUUGGUUGGUUUUGCGCAAGGAUGGCGUGGUCCGGAUCAUGUGGUAAAUAUAGCUUCAAAGCACACAGCAUUAGACAAUUUCCUUUGCUGAGAAGCGUGCCCUUUACUGUCACCAUCGCACACGUGGCAUGUGUAUUGGGAGUAGAUAUAUAUAACUAUUCAUGAUAUAUUAUCAUAUGGAUUAUUAUUAUACUAAGCUGCAAGUAUAUCAUUAUAAAUAAGAUUAAAGAACGUGUGCGUUGGUGGUACUUGGUAGGGUAGCUCUUUUUCCUUCCACGUAAUGGGAGGAAACUGCUUUCCAUGUUUGCCCUUGAUGGAGGUCCCCCCCAUGAGACAGCACCUUGCCCCACUCAAGCAAUCACAGCGUUUAGGCCUUUCAGAACCAAACUUAAAGCAGCAACCCAUUGUGGGUCCUGACAUCCCACCUGUGAUGAUGUGAAAAACUUUGCUCUUGUCUCUACAUAAUACACGUGUAUCCAAUGUCCUUAUAUUUUCUUUUCAUUUCUCAAAGUAACAAAAUGUUCCAAAUCUUCUCUUUGCAACACAUCUCCACCUCUUCCCUUCUACCUCAACAGGCCUACCCCCACUUUUUUUUUUUCAUUUUUUUGCCUCGCUAAGUGUCAGGGGCGUAAGAAGCUACCGUUUUGAUCUGUAUAGUUCUUUUUCUUUUCUUCAAUGGGAAUUGGCUUUGUCAAAAGGUUGUAGUUUAUUUAAUUAUAAAAAAAAGGAAGCAAUUUUGCAAUAUGAUUUUAACUUUGUUCCGGUACAUGGACCAGUUCAAAUGCAAAAGUUGUAGAUAGAUAAAUAGAUAAAGAGAGAAGACAGGGCAAGGGAGUGAGAGUGACGUGGAUUUCUUUUUAAAUAUCCCUUUUCCAUCAGCAUAAAGGGAAUGGAUCUACUUCCUUCCUGUGCUGA